UUGGGGUUUCAAUUCUAUGGUGGUGGCGUUUUAAAAAAGCUGAAUAUUUUUUAUUCAUCGCAUUUUUUUUCAUGUAAUCAUUUCCCUCCAUUUUUUCCACGCGCACGCUUUCCCAUAUCCGAAUAAUAAUAAUUUUUUAAAUUAAAUUAAAUCUUCAAACCAAUAAAAAAACAAUAAUUUAAUUUAUAUUUUUCCCCGCUCCAUAAGAAUCCAGUGUCACCAUAAAAGGCUCCAACUAAUUAUCAUCAUUCAAAAAAUCCAGAAUCUUCUUUCUUUUGUUCUCUCUCUGCUGCAAACUUUAUCUUUAAUCUAGGGUUUCAUUUUUCCUCUUCCUCGCUGCAUUCUCACUCAGGUUUUUCUGUUGACAUGGAUUCGACAGCGCAGUCAUACCAACAUCGCUCACUUUCAAUCAAAUUAUGGCCCCCUAGCCAGAGUACUAGGUUGAUGCUGGUUGAACGAAUGACCAAGAACCUCACAACUCCGUCCAUUUUCUCUAGAAAGUAUGGACUGCUUAGCAAAGAAGAGGCUGAAGAGGAUGCAAAGGAAAUUGAGGAUGCAGCUUUUGUGACUGCAACCCAACAUUUUGAAAAGGAGCCAGAUGGUGACGGGAGUUCUGCUGUGCAAAUUUAUGCCAAGGAAUCAAGUAAGCUUAUGUUGGAGGUUCUCAAAAGAGGACCAAAAGUGAAGGAGGAUGUGGAAUUGAUAUCUGAAAAGGCUGUUGAAACUGUUUUUGACUUAUCUGGGGGUCGCAGAGCAUUUAUUGAUGGGGAGGAAGCUGCAGAAGUUCUGAAACCAUUGAGGGGACCUAACUCUUUUACAAAGAUAUGUUUCAGCAAUAGAAGUUUUGGUUUGGAUGCUGCUCAUGUAGCUGAACCCAUCCUAAUAUCAAUCAAAGAUCAACUUAAAGAGGUGGAUCUAUCAGAUUUUAUUGCUGGGAGACCAGAAGCAGAAGCUCUUGAAGUGAUGAAUAUAUUUUCUUCUGCACUCGAAGGUUCUGUUUUAAGAUAUCUUAACUUGUCAAAUAAUGCCAUGGGCGAAAAGGGGGUUAGAGCAUUUCGGUCACUCCUCAAAUCGCAAAAUGACUUGGAGGAGCUUUAUUUGAUGAAUGAUGGUAUUUCAGAGGAAGCUGCAAAAGCAGUUGCUGAAUUGAUUCCUUCCACAGAGAAGCUUAGGGUUCUUCAUUUCCAUAAUAACAUGACUGGAGAUGAAGGAGCAUUUGCCAUAGCUGAUGUUGUAAAACGUUCCCCAGCCUUGGAAGAUUUUCGAUGUUCAUCUACCAGAGUAGGCUGUGAUGGUGGAGUUGCUGUUGCUGUAGCACUUGGGACAUGCAAGCACUUGAAGAAGCUUGAUUUGCGUGACAAUAUGUUUGGUGUGGAAGCUGGAGUUGCUCUAAGUAAAGUUAUACCAGUAUUUGUUGACCUUACAGAGAUAUACCUCAGUUAUUUGAACUUAGAGGAUGAUGGUGCAGAAGCCCUUGCUAAUGCUCUUAAGGAAUCUGCACCGUCACUGGAAAUUUUGGAUAUGGCUGGGAAUGACAUUACAGCAAAAGCUGCUGUUUCUGUGGCUGCCUGUAUUUCAUCAAAGCAGUUCCUCACCAAGUUAAAUUUAUCUGAGAAUGAACUGAAGGAUGAAGGUGCAGUUUUAAUCAGUAAGGCAUUGGAAGGUGGUCUUGGCCAAUUAAAUGAAGUUGAUCUAAGUACAAAUUCGAUCACAUGGUCAGGAGCUAGGCUGUUGGCUGAAGCUGUUGUUCAGAAACCUGGAUUUAAGUUGCUAAACAUUAAUGCUAAUUUCAUUUCUGAUGAAGGGAUUUGCGAGUUGCAGAAAAUAUUUAAAAACUCACCCGACAUGCUGGGUCCUUUGGAUGAGAAUGAACCUGAUGGCGAGGACAUUGAUGAAGAGGAUGAAGAAGAUGACGACAAUGAUGAAUUGGAAUCAAAACUGAAAGGCCUUGAGAUUUAAGAACAUUCAUAGGACUCAGGCACCGGACACCUACUUCAGAUUAAUUUGUAGGCCAAUUCAUAUUUGCGAUAGACUUGCUUGUUUCAUACCCAGCAGCUAGCUUUAAUCUUUGUAUUUUAGAUUUUCUAUUCUACAACUUGACUUUUUUAAAGUUUGCCAGAUAUAUGCUCUUAAUGUAUCUGGCAAGACAAGAAAUGAACAAAUGGUAUUAGCUGUAGAAAUUUUUGGGCUUUAUUGUGCCUUUUCCUGGCAAAUUAUUACCUUUGAUUGCUGGGUCAAGCUUAUAUAUUUGCAAUUGAUUUGAUAUGCAGAUUAUUUAUUACCUUUGA